AUGCUUCGGGCAGACCGCCACGCCAGUCCUAUUGAGGGCGAAGCGCAGGCAAUACCCGAAGUAUUACACCGCCACCGACUUCGAGCGUCAGUACACCCAGCGUGUCCACGACUGCAUCGGUCUCAUCAAGGGCUACUUCUGGAGCGACAACGCCGAGGCGAAGCCCGUCUACCUCUCCAACGGCUUCCCCGACAAAUCGGCCGACGCCUUCUUCGCCUACUGCACACGCAAGGGGACGAGGAUGGACGAGAUGCCGGACGUGCCAGGUGUCGCCGUCUUCAUGAAGGGACACGUCGGCGUCUACAUCGGAGGCGGGCAGGUCAUCGAGGCGAGAGGCCACGCCUACGGGGUCGUAAUGACGAAAUUGAAGAACCGCCCGUGGAUCAAGUGGGCGUACAUCGAAGGGCUGCAGUAUCUAUGAGGGAGCAAGUGGUGGAAAUAUUGGACAAGGCCAAGGAGGAAAUCCAGGCACGCAUGGAGCAGGAGGACAUCAACGCCUCGGGGCGUUCCUCCCGUUCUUGGCGGGUUGAGGAGUACGCCAACGGCGUGCGCCUUGUCUACGGAAACCCCGACACCGCGCCGCUCGAGACCUUGGAGAUAGGCCGCCCAGGAGGAGACGUCCCUGGCGGCUUCCGCAUGACAAAAGACGGAGUCCGUGACGUGUCGAACACGUUCAAGGCCAUCCUCGUGCAAUGGGCCAAGGACAAAGGCAUCCAAGACUUCGGCUGGGGCCACGCCACCAUGCUGGGCCGAAGGAUCGCCGAGCAGGGGACACUACGGCACCAGCGACCCGUCGACGUCUACACGUCCAUCGUCAUGGACGCAGCCGAGAAGCUCGACGCCAAGGGCGUCGCCAACCAGCUCGCCCAAGUCAACGAGCAGAUCGCAGCCGUCAAGGCGCAGAACGCCGCACUCAAGAAGGAGGUCAAGGACGGCACGAAGACGUGGAAGGACGUGAGCGGGCAACUCGCCGUCAACGAGCAACGCCUCAAGACCCUCACGGCCACGCAGAAGGCGUUGACCAACCAGUUCAACGCACAAGUCGGAACCAACAAAAGACUUGGCGACAGCCUCAAGGAGAUGGGCGCGGAACUCACCGCGCUCAAGAACGAGUACCGCAGCCUCUCCGCCUCGGAGCGGGAGUCGGCCAAGGGGCAGGAAUUGCUCCAACACAUCCAAGACCUCGACGCAAAGAUGAAGGAAGCCGACGGGACGAUGGGCGACUUCCAGCGCAACGUGGGCAACUACCCCGACGCCAUGAAGCCCGUGACGGCGCAGCUGCGUGAGAUGACGCAGGAACUCAUCCGCCUCCGAAUGGAGGGCAAGGAGAACACCGAGGAGUACAAUGACCUCCUCAUGGCCACGGGAAAGAUGAAGGACGCCAUGUCCGACGCACAGCGUGAGGUCAAGCAGAUGGCAUCCGACACGUCGGCACUCAACUCCGUCCUCGGUGCCGCGCAGGCGGCCGCUGGCGGUUUCUCCGUCGCCCUCGGUGUCAUGAACCUCGUCGGCGACAAGGACAGCGAGACGGCCAAGGAACUCGCCGAGGCGCAGCGCAAACUACAGGCGGCCAUCGCCAUCACCACGGGCUUGCAGGCCGUCCAGAACGCACUGCAAAAGGAGUCCGCCCUCAUGAUGGGCGUGAACCGUGUCCGCCUAUUGGCCGCGGCAGCGGCGCAGCGUGUCUACGCGGCCGCCACACGGGACGCGGAGGCGGCGCAGGCGGUCUUCAACAAGGUGGCCAAGUCCAACGUCUAUGUGUGGCUCGCUGGCAUCAUCCUCACGGUGGUGGGUGCCAUCGCAGCCUUCACACGCGGAAGCAAGGAGCAGGAAGAGCAGACCGAGAAGGUCAACUUCCAACUCAAAAAACAAAUCGACUAUCUCAACGAGUUGUCGAACAAAUACAAGGAACUGCAAGACCGCGCCAUCACCGAGGCCGAGAUGCGACUCGAGAGCGCGAAGGCUUUGGGAAUUGCUACUGACGAGAUUCGCAAGCGCGAAGACGCAUUGAUGGAUGCGAGGCAGAAGAGCAUCGACCAAGAGAAGGAGCGACUCGGUUACAAUGUGCGAGAGCAUCGCAAGAUGGCAAGGGAUUACGAGGUACUCCUUGAGAACUACGAGGCGAACGUCAAGAGGAUGGAGGAAGCGGCUGGAACUGUCCCCGCAUCCGUGACUGCCGUAUGGCAGGAGACCAUCGACAAGCAGAAGCAGGCACUCGAAAACAGCAAGAAGCUGCUGGACCUUUGGGAUGACGUAGCUGUUAGAGACAAGACGCUCCAGUCCGAGCGUCUGCGACUUGCUAUACAGCGCAAGAAGGAGGACGAGGAGGAAAGGAAACGCCAACAAGAGGCAGCCAAGGCAUCGUGGGAAAGAUGGAAACAAGAGGUCACCGCCAUCCGUGAGGCCAACAAGACACUCUUCGGACACCUCGACACCAUCACCACCACGACGAUGAGCGAGCAGGAAUACGCCAAGGCCGUGGAAUACACCGCCGAGGCGAUGCAGAAACUCGCCGACAAGCUCGACUCCGCCAACAAGAAACUCAAGGAGGCGCAGGAGAUCAUGCAGGCGAUGGGCGACCUCGACGACGUCAUGGAACGCCUCGAAAGGCAGUCCAACCCGCUCUACAACUUCUCGCAGGAGUACAAAGAGAACGCCCAGAUCAUCAUGGAGACAUCGGCAGCCCUCGAGUCUUCGUUCUCGUCGGUCGCCUCGAUGUACAAGACGAUGGCGCAAGACGAGAGCAAGAGCGAGGAGGAGAGAGCCAAGGCUGCGCGCAAGGCCAAGGCGUGGAGCAAAAUCCAAAUCGCCACCAACGCAGGAGCGGCCGUCGCCAAGGGCGUGGCCACCGCCGUGGACGUGGGAUUCCCCGCAGCCAUCCCCGCCAUCGCCACCAUGACCGCCACCAUUCUCUCCGCCAUCGCCCAGGCCAAGAGCCUGCUCAACGAGGCCUAUGAGUCGGGCGGCGUCAUCGGAGGCUACCACGGCGUAAGCAUGGGGCACGACAACACCGCCAUCAUCGCCCGCCGUGGCGAGAUGGUGCUGAACGCCAACCAGCAGAAGCAACUGUUCGAAAUAGCGAAUGGAGGAAGCAAGGCGGGCGGGAUGUACUCGGCCCUCGCCGACGCGCUGCGGUCGAUGCCCGCCCCCGUCCUCGUCUACUCCGAGUUCAAAGACUUCACCAACAAGGUCGCCACGCUCGACGAGGCGGCGAAAUUGAGAUAA